UUUGUUGUUUUAGAACUCUGAAUCCUGCAUCGAUGACUCCUCACGAUACGCCUCAUGGUGGGGCUUCAACUUACUCGCGUAACUCAGUUGGCGAUUUGAUGCCAGUUCCAUCAGUGGGAUCUCCGGGCACACCCGCACAGUCUCCACAUCCGAAUUCCACCCUAUCACAGCCUACAUCGGUACCACCGGCUGAUCAACUAAUGACGAUGAGUCCACGCGCACCUCCUUCCGUUUCGAAUUUGCAACAACCAUCAACACCCAUAGAUCAUUUGUUGGACAAGAACACGCCGGCGCCUACGCCCACCGACCAGCAUGAUAAUAAAAGCAUCACAACGUCACCGUAUGUGCGGCCGACGCCAAGCGUUGAGCCGCCGCCAUCUGUUGAGGGUGGCAACGGCGGUAUGGGUGGCCUUGGACCGAAUGGCCCUGGCAGCGUGCCACAACCGCCGAGUGUAGGUCGCAACACACCCACUAUUUCUAGCCAGCAACAGCAUCAGCAACAACACCAAGGGCCACAAGCACAAAUACUGGGCUCAUCCGCGGAGACUGCUGUCCCUCAAUGUGGCAGCAUAACAAUCAAGAAAUUUGAGUUGCAGCAAACGUCUUUACCACUAUUCAGCACUGAGCAAGUUAAAACUGAGCCAGAUUAUGGUUCAACAUCCAUGGCGGGUGCGUGUACUCGUAACGGCCUCCCUAUUGUGUCUGCGGCAUCUGGUAUUUCAGCUGCAGACGCGAUCAAUGAUUACUGGAAAUCUUUUAAGAUGCCUGAAAUCAAAGUAAAGGAUAUCGAUAGUUUCGCGAAUGAUGAUUGCUCAAAAUUUGAUGUUUUGUACGACUUUACGUUUCAGAAUGCAUGGGCGAACCAUCCAAUGAAACGGUUCAAACUAAAUGAAGCGGCUAAACCGUGUCGCAGCAUGUGCACCAAAAAUUUAUACGAAGGUCAUACACACUCCAAGCCUCUGAUGCCAUCACCAGGCUCAUUGUACGGCUCACAGCUACUAUCCAUAGACGCUUCCGUGAACCCGCUCGGCGGUACUACAAUGGAUGCAACCUCAAUGGGUGGAGUUGUAAGUGGCGGCUUGGUGGGAAUAGCCGCCCAUGGAGCCAAUAUGGCAAAUGCCAAUGGCAGCAGUACGACCAUUGAUGGGAACAGUAGUGCUAGUGGUUACUUCCAAAGUCUGGACAUACAAGCAACGGAUGCACUGCAGGGUACAGCAUCACCCUGUAAGGAGGGCAAGAGCAGCGCUAGUGGAAACCUUUACACAGCUGAAGGUUUAAACCCAACAAUGAAUGACCUGGAGCAGCUGUUCGAAACCUCGAAUGACGACUGCGGCAGUGUUCAAAUACACACCCCACCCGACUCGAACAAUCCAUCCAAUGGUACCGCCUCUACGACUACCAUUGAUGACCUUAAACGAAGCACUGCAGUUGCAGUUGCGGUUGCCGCCGGUGCGGUUGCUAUUGCUGCUUUACAAAACUGCAGUAAUACAACCAAUGUCACGAACUCUUUGAUAAAUAGUAGUAGCAACAAUGGUGGCGGUACCGGCGGCCCCAGUAUGAUACAAGCGGAGGAUUUAACAAAGAUGUUUCCUACGCCUCCUUCGCACGAGCAACACCAUCCCAAUUCCAGUCCGUGCCAAAUGGAUAUCCAAAUGACGGAUCUCAGUGUGAUCACUGCAUCGACUACGAUGUCAGCUAACUUGGAGACGGGAAUGGGAAGUAUCAUUAAGGUAAAACAAGAAUAUUCUGUUGAAUUGGGCAGUCCUGUGGAGGAGCCAAUCGAGGACUGGUCUUAUGUUUACCGACCGCCGAAACGUGCAAAAUUCGUGGGAUCAUCCAAGUACGCUCCCCUUACGAAUUUACCGAGCCAGAUGCUGCCACUGCUGUCGUUGCCAAGCAACUGCACUUACAAGCCCUCUUGGACGACGCAGAAAUCUCGCGCGGUAGUGGCUGCUCAGGCGGCGGCGGCUCAGCAGCAACAGCAAUUACAACAGCAACAACUACAACAACAACAUCAACAGUUACAUGAACUGCUAACAGCAGCUCCACGCACACCUCUCCAGCAGCCGCGAACACCUUUGGGACCCAUCCCAUCACCAAUGCACACCAACACCGUGCCCACGCCAUUGAACAGCGGUGGUGGUGGCGGCAGCAGCGGCAAUAACUUAUUGCUGAACCAGUUGAAUUGUCCGCAAGCGGCACUCACAAAUACGUCCGUCAGCGCAGGCAUGCAGCAAAUGAUGCAUCGAGUUGGCAUGUCGCCAAUAUCGCCAGCGCCUGCAUCAGUGGUUCCGUUCCCCAUGAUGCAGCCACAGCGCCAUCCGCCGCCACCCUAUGAAAUGGCAGUGGCUAGUCCGGCCACUUCAACUUCUUCGUAUUUAAAUAAACAGUAUCAUUCACAAGAGCAUCCGCGAACUCCACAAAGCGUUGGAAUGCCUUCAACACAUCUUCCUAGACCAAUGAGCGCUGCCGGUAAUCUUGUAUCAGGUAGCGUAACGACAGGGGCGGUCGCCGCUCGAGAGUUGCCCGAAGUGAGUUCACUAAUCGUCAACAUCUUGCUGUAUGAUACUGCGUUAAAUGUAUUCCGAGACCACAACUUCGACAGCAGCACUGUGUGUGUGUGCAAUGCGGAUUCCCAGAAAGUAGGCAACAUACGAGGUGCAGACUCUGGUGUUUACGUGCCGCUGCCGGGCGGAAGCUUCAACCCGUUGCCACCGUCAGCGAAUGGCAACAGUAGUAUUGGUACUGCUGGUAUAGGCGCAAGCGGUGGUGGCGGCAGCAGCAGUGUGGGUGGAGCAAACAUGCGCAUGUUGAGUGCUUUUGGUUGCGGAAGUGCUUUGGAUUCACCAGCGUCUCUACCAGGAACAUCUGGGCACACGGGGUCAGGCUCAUCUUCUUCAUCGGCCACACCCGGCAGUAAUCAACAUUUUACGGGCUACGUGGAUGACGACCCUGUAGAUUGCACCUGCGGUUUCAGUGCAGUAGUUAAUAGACGACUUGCAUUUAGAGCUGGUCUCUUUUACGAGGAUGAAAUGGAGAUCACAGGCGUAGCCGAGGAUCCCGGCCGUAAUAAAAAACAAUCAUUGCCUUCCAUCGUAGCAAACUUAGCAACAGCAUUAACGCCAUCAGGCUCAGCUUUGAGCGCCUCCUCAUUGCCUAUAAAGAGCGGUAAUCCUUUGGUACCUACACAAGCAGAAAAGGGGCAGCAUGCGCAACCAGACGCGCAUGCUCUCCAAAACGCACAUGUCAUAUUCGAUUUGCUACUGGAACAGUGCUCUAUAAUUCAAACGUCCAGCAGUUCCAUACAUCGUGCGUUGCAACGUCACCGACAUCGGUUAGCUAGACAAAGCCGACAGCCGCAAUCUAUAGCUGCGAUCUCAAAUGUUCUAGAAUUCGUAGACGCUAACGAUGUAAUAUGUCUUGCGUUAGAACAAGCCAGACUGGCUUUUGAGAGCAAUCGUAUGGAUGUAAAUGAAUUUGGUGGCCAGCAACAACUAUCUCCUUUCCAUACAGCGGGAUCUGCCUCUACACGUCGUUAUAAGCACUUGUUUGGCAGCCGACUAACAGUUCACAAAUGGCCGUACAUUCCAGUUGGUUUCACACGCAGCAACAAAGAGAUAGUGCGUACAAUGAAUUUCGUGCAGCCCAUGUUGCAAAAUGCAUUCCAUUCGAAGUCACGAAGCGCGGCCGGUAGUAAAGAUGCUACUUACACUGUAAGUGGACCACUAACAUGGCGCCAAUUUCAUCGAUUAGCGGGGCGUGCCUCUGGUCAGUGUGAACCACAACCUAUACCGUCGGUAAUUGUCGGUCAUGACAAGGACUGGGUCUCGGUAGCCCCACUCGCUAUCCACUACUGGGAUAAGUUUCUGCUAGAGCCCUAUGCAUAUGCACGCGACAUUGUCUAUUUGGUGGUCUGUCCUGAAACUGACUUUGCGGUGGACAAUACGAGAACAUAUUUUCGAGAAUUGAGCUCGACCUAUGAAAUGUGUAAGUUGGGUCGUCAUACUCCUAUUCGAGGCUGGGAUGGCCUGCUGACUGUAGGUCCUCGCGCGCCCACAGAUAACACACCAACUAGCACACCUUUAGAUGAUUGGCUGCGAACGUUAGAUGAUUCGCAAUUAGCUGAGAAAAUACGACUCUAUGCGAGCGCAUUUCAUAAUCAAAUCGUACCGUACCUCAACCGCAUCCCCGGGGACAAAACCUUACUAAAUCCACCAGAAAGCAAUAGCUGUCAACCGGGAGCUGGACGUGAGCGUGGUACAACUAGUCCCACAGGUACUAGUGGAAUGGGAGGCGUUGAUGCAGAAAAAUUGCAUAACUCACCGAAAAUGGAAGGUGUGGAACAACAGCAACAACAUCAGCAACAACAACAGCAACAACAACAAAAUGCUCCAGAAUCUACUGACAUGAAGCCAGAUAUCAAAGCAGAUGCAAAACCACCAAUUGUACUUAGCGAUCCAUUGGGCAUGGGCGAAACAAUGGAGGACGUAAAUCCACCGGCGAUAGUGCUUUACAUAGUGGAGCCAUUUACCUUUGGUUCGGAUUCACCCGAAUUGGAGCGGUUAGCUUGUAUUGCUUUGCUGCGUUGCUACGCAGAACUAUUAAAAUCCAUACCAGACUCGGUUCGCGCUAACAUGAACAUCCAAAUGAUUUCCUUGGAAUCAAUAGUCGAAUUAGGACGUUCUCGAUCGCGUAAACGUUUCUCGGAUGAAAUCAGGUGCUUGGCGUUGAAUAUUUUCUCACAAUGCCGGCGCCAUUUGGUGCACACGCAGGCCGUGAAGAGUCUAACCGGGUUCGGCACAGCCGCCAAUAUGGAAGCAUUCCUAAAGAGUAAAGAGGAUAAGAACCGGCAGCCAUACAAAAUGUAUACGCCACCUUAUGUGUUGGCUCCAAUGCAUGAAAAAAAUGACAAAACGGAUUUCUCACGCCAGUCCGCUAGUAUGCGUGCGCUGAAUGAACAAAAGUAUUCUGUGAUGUAUUGCAACUAUUGUCUGAGCGAAGAUCAGAGUUGGUUGUUGGCCACUGUUACCGAUGAUCGUGGAGAAAUGUUCGAAAAGAUUAUAAUCAAUAUCGACGUACCAAAUCGUACACGAAGACGAAAGGCACCAGCGCGACGAGUGGGGCUAAAGAAGUUGAUGGAUUUCAUUAUGGGAUUAAUCUCACAGACGGCGCAUCCAUGGCGGUUGGUGGUCGGCCGUAUUGGACGCAUCGGACACAGCGAACUAAAAUCUUGGAGCUCGUUGCUGAGUAAACAAAAUCUGCAGAAGGCUUCCAAACAACUGAAGGACAUCUGCAAGCAGUGCUCAUUAAUGUAUCCUCCAGGCAUACUCAGCGCGUGCUUGGUGACACUGGAGCCUGAUUCUAAGCUACGCGUGAUGCCUGAUCAAUUCACACCGGAUGAAAGAUUUUCGCAAAUUUCAAUGCAAAAUCCGCUAUCAACACCUCAAGAUGUGACAUGCACGCAUAUACUGGUAUUUCCAACAAGUGCUGUUUGCUUGUCAUUUACCCGUCAAUUUCAAAAUGAGCCGCAAGUAGAUUUGGAAAAUGAUUUUCUCAACUUUGAUGAAGAGGACGAAAACGAAGGAUUUACCGACGCCGAUCUGAUGGGCGAUCUACUUGACUGGGACCCUCAACCCGGACGUAUGUCGAACCACUGCAGUCCCGAUCGCUUGGAGGAUAACCGAAGCUGGCAGAGUGCCGGUGGUAACAAUUUUAAUUCUGCGCAGCAACAGGAUGUGGAGGAGGUGGGCUCUAUAAAUCAGCAACCCCUUGCUGUCGGCUACAUGGUUUCCACGGCUCCAACCGGACGCAUGCCCUCGUGGUUUUGGUCAGCCUGCCCGCACCUGGAAGAUGUAUGUCCAGUAUUUUUGAAAACAGCACUGCAUCUCCACGUGCCGAACAUACAGACCACCGAUGAUAUACUUAACUCGACAAAUGCGCAUUCGUCAGCCACAGAUCACCCAUUGGAUUCAUCCCUCACUGCCGAUGUACUGCGUUUUGUAUUGGAAGGUUACAAUGCUUUGUCCUGGCUUGCAUUGGACUCGAAUACACACGACCGUCUCUCAUGCCUGCCGAUUAAUGUUCAAAUGCUUAUGGAUCUUUACUAUCUGACUGCAGCGAUUAUGUAAAAGCGAAGAGUGAAUAGAGAAUAUUGUAUAUAAGCGUCGUCAAUUGUGUAUUUACCAUAAUAGUAAGCAUUAAGAGUUAGCUAAGAUGGGCGGCAAAAUGUGAAUAAUGUGCAGUAUUUUUUACGAUAAUUGUAUUGAAAGUUGAUAGUGGAAAUUCGAUGGUUUGAUUGUUGCAAUUUUAGGUAUUCUCUUAGUUUAAAUUGUUGAAGAGUAUUCAAAGAAUUAUUAGGUCGUUGCAAUCGCUUUUAUUUUAAAUCUACGUUUGUGUGUUUUACUAUUUAUUGUAAAGUUUGAAAGCUUGUGCUUUUGUGAUAUAAAGUCGGGAAUGAGAACUAUAAUUAAACACUUUCUUAAAUAAAUAAAAAAGGGCAAAUCCAAUAUGCACAGACGGAAAUUAAAACUUUUUCAAGCGUUUAGUAUCGAGAAAAAGACACAAGCAUUCGUGUAAUUCCGUUUGCAAAACUUCCGGUACUCGCACAUGGCACAAAUGUUAGCCAGUAUGGAUAACAAUUUUAAGUAACUCCAUAUAAAAAAGGUCAUUUUUGGAAUUUUCUUCGUGUUAAUUAUGGCAACCAAUUACUAGCAACAACAACAACAAUGUUUAAGUGUAAGCAAGCAUUGUUACCUUACCUUAGAGUUUUUGUGUUUGUCGGUAUGUGCAGUGAUUACUGGUUUCUAGAAAAUUAAAAAAAAAACUCAAUUGCGCUAUGACCGGGGUAAAGAUUUGACUAAUGCAAUGUGUGAGUAUACGACGAGCCUACAAGAUGAGCAUGCAAUUUGAUCAAUGUGAAAAGUUGUUAUUUAAUUUAAUAAUUUUAAAGUGUGUAAAACCGUGGUUCGUCCUUUCCAUUUGUGUGAACAACAAUGAAUGAAUUUUGGGAAAUGUCUCUUAGCUGCAAAAUUCAUCUACAUUCUGCUACUUUACUGUUUUGACGCAAAAACAUAAAUUGCCUUAUAUUUCACACAAGAUUGUAGGUUAAAGAAUUAUAAUAAAUAGAAUGGAAAAGCAAUGUCACUCAAGAUUUCAAUAAUGGGUAAGCAUUAUUGGUAUAUAUACAAUGUAACUUAAACUUUUUUGUAAAUAUAAUUAGAUAUAAGCUAAAAGGCAGGUAGAAUAAACCGAAAUAAAAAUAUACACAUAUAUAGUUAUAUUCAGAUAAAGAACAAAUCUAACAAAGCAUAUGCGCAAAGUAGAAUUUUAUUACAAUUGAGAGGCGGCUGGCCGCAGCGCCACCAUAGAAACGUCUCGAAGUAAGGCGUAACAAUUGCAUACUUUUAAGACGACUAAUAUACAUGUAGUAGAAUUAUGCAAAUUAUUGAGAAAAGUCGAAUUAACAAUUAAUUAUAAAUUAUUUAGUCCGUGGGAUACUCGUGUAAGUCGAUUACGUUUAAGUGUAGUCUUACCAAAUUAUAAUUUUUUACUUAUGUAGUUAAGGACAAUGAGCAUUAUAUUAUGAGAAUGCGAAAUGAAAUGCUACGAAUGCUGAACUAAAUACACAAUGUAUAUAACUAGUAAAUAAAACUAAAGUUAAUAAUAAGCAAGUAAGAACUGUUAAUGUAUGACGACAUGUAACUAUAAUAAACCAAUAUAUUUCUAUGCAUA